AACUGUUCAGUCUUGUUUGUGGUAUCAACCACUAAACACUAAGUUAAGAUGUUCUCCGGUUGUUUCGAAGUACUCAGCGGUUUACUACUGCAGUACGUGAUAAUCGCUUCAUCCAUUGUUCAUUCAAGCAUUACAGUAUCUUCGGAUUUCACAGGAACAGAUAAUGCCAGUGAUUACGCAAACCUUGAUGUUAAGGGCGGUGAUUACAAGUACCUUAUUAAGCAUUUCAGAGUACCAGUGGAUCACUUCAGCUUCUCUAGCAACGAAACAUUUGAAAUAAGAUAUCUGGUGAAUAAUACAUGGCAAUCGGGAAAAAAUCCACCGAUUUUCUUCUACACUGGGAAUGAAGGAAAGAUCGAGGAAUUCGCUGCCAAUACUGGGUUCAUGUGGGAAAUUGCACCUAGUUAUGGGGCAUUGAUAAUAUUCGCCGAGCAUCGGUACUACGGCCAGUCUUUGCCAAUCAGAAACAAAUCAACUAGUGACACAGUGUACUUGGGUUACUUGACAGCACAACAGGCACUAGCUGAUUACGUUGAUUUAAUCGAGUAUAUUAAAUCAGAUGGGAUGCUGAAACACAGUCCAGUUAUUGCUUUCGGAGGGUCUUACGGCGGAAUGUUGAGUGCUUGGUUCCGCAUGAAGUAUCCGCACAUCGUUCAAGGAGCGAUAGCAGCGUCGGCUCCGAUUCUCCAAUUCACCGGUAUCACAGAUUGUCAAGCAUUCAAUCGCAUCGUGACAUCAGACUUCGGAGCAGCCAGUGAUACCUGUCCCAAAGUAAUCAGAAAAUCCUGGAAUGCUAUUAACAAUUUGACUUCUACGGAUGAGGGGAAGAGAUGGCUUUCAGCCGAUUGGAAAUUAUGUCAGAACAUCACCAAUUCCACCGACAUCAAACAGCUGAAAGACUGGUUGGUCAAUGUAUAUGCUAAUCUAGCUAUGGUGGAUUAUCCUUAUGAAGCUAAUUUUCUGGCCCCAUUGCCAGCUUAUCCAGUAAAGAAAUUCUGCGAGCCUCUCACGGACGCCAGUGGAUCCGACAAAUCUAUUCUGUCAUCCUUGAAGUCCGCAUUACAAAUCUAUACAAAUUAUAGCGGAGAGACUUCUUGUAUUGCUACAAAGGAUGCAUCACCUAAUUUGGGAGCGGAUUUGUGGUACUAUCAAGCGUGCACGGAGAUGGUGAUGCCCAUAUGUGCUGAUGGCAAAAACGACAUGUUCGAGCCACAGCCGUGGAAUUUGUUGAAGUACACUGAUGAAUGCUUGAAAAAAUAUGGAGCCAAACCCCAGCCCAAUUUGGCCUGCAAAACCUACGGCUGCCAAGAUCUGCGUACGGCUACCAAUAUUGUCUUCAGUAACGGUUUAUUGGAUCCUUGGUCCAGUGGUGGAGUUCUGACAAAUUUAUCUGAAUCGGCUAUUGCUAUAAUCAUUCCUGAAGGGGCUCAUCAUCUCGACCUCAGGGAAAGCCAUUCAAAUGACCCAUAUUCUGUGAUCGCAGCUCGAAAAUAUCACAAACUCGCCAUUUCCAAGUGGAUCGAGCAGUACCGUGAGACUUUUCUGAAAGAACAUAACGAGGCACCUCUCCCGUAGAUUCUUUCAUCCUGCGACUGAGUUUAUAACUGAAUUUACUACGAGUUCCAUGAAAAAAUUCAAUAGAGAAACUUGACGCUUUUUCUAUUAAUUCUGCAGUAUUUCUGUUGGAACUGUCUUUUUGCUGUUUGGAAAAUCUCUAGACAAUUCACUCUAACUCCAAUAUACUCCCAAUUGAAUUUUGAGACAAAAUGUUAGACUUUUUCAUUAUUUUUUUUUCACACUCUUAGUAAUCGUCAAUUUUUUAUACUUUGAAAUUAAUAAAAAUAAUGAGAACGGAAGUGAGAGGGUGCUUUAAUGAGUCACUGAAUUCUAGUUCCGUCUGAGUAUGAAGAAAUUCUUCUAGAAAACUCAAUAACAAUGUUCUAUCAUCACAUAAAUAUGGAGAUUAUCCUUAAGAAAAAUCGAGCGUAGAGUCCACGCUCUUCAAUCGCAUUUCAAUUGACAUAUGACAAACAGAUAAUGUAAUUAGUUACUUGAAAUAAUAUAUUUCAUCACUAAGCCGUUAGGAACUUUUCUGGCGAUUGUGAGAUGGAAUUCAGGGCGAAGCCGAGGAAUGUAAACAUAAUCGUCAGAAAAGUUCUUUUCGACGGAGUGACGAGCGAUAUUUUUAUGAGAAAAAUAGAAGAGAAUGAGAGUAAACAUGGGGACCCGGAUAUUCCUGAUAUUGCUAGUAGAGUUCAACGACAAUAUUAUUUAGUCGAGUGAUGUCCACAAUUGCUACGAUUUUUGUAUUUUUCCGUGGAUCACCGGUUAUAAAACAUUCGAAACGAGUCCAACGAUUAAAAUUCAUCAGUAAUUCGUUGUUAAAUUUCGUUGAAUAAAUAUGAGAAAGAUACGUUACAAUAA